UCCAAACGCUCGGAGUGCCGCGGAGAGAUGGCGUCCGAGGAGACUACUCCUGCGGCUGCUGAGGGGGUCCUGGUUGAGGUAGCAGGCGUUUUGGAACCUGUAGGCCUGCAGGAAGAAGCAGAGCUGCCAGCCCGGAUCCUGGAGGAGUUUGUGAGGAACUCUCGGAAGAAAGACAAGCUGCUUUGUAGCCAGCUUCAGGUUGUGAACUUGUUACAGAAUUUUCUGGCUCAGGAGGAUACCGCCCAGAGCCCAGACACUUUGGUUUCUGAAGACACAAGUCGACAGAAGGCAACUGAAGCCAAGGAGCAGUGGAAGGAACUGAAGGCUGUAUACCAGGAUCACAUGGAAGCCAUAAAAUGUGGCCUGAGUCAGGCCUUACCCAAGUUGGAAGAGAUCCAAAGGAAGUACAAAGAACUCAAGGCAGCUUUGGGGAAACUCCAGGCUAAGAAGCAAGUACUUGUAGAGAAAAAGCGAGCAGCUCACAAGCAAUGGCAGCUGCAUCAGAAGCGUGUAAGGAGUCUGGCAGAGAUGUCUGCGGAGAUAAAGGAACGCCAGAGCAGAGCAAAGCUGAAACUUGAGGAGUCACGCCAGGAACUUGAAACCUUGAAGCAGCAAGCAGGACAGGAACAGGAUAAGCUGCAGAGGAACCAGACCUACCUCCAGCUGCUGAAUGCCUUGCAGAAUAACCUGCAGAUCUCAGAGGCUAAGGCUAAGGACAAAGAUACCACGGAACUUGCCCUUCCAUCUGAAUCUCUGUAAAGAAGGAACAAAGAAAAAUACUGAACACUUUAUCCACUGAGAGUGAGGAGUGGCUUGAUAUGCUUGUGGCUUAAGAAGUAAGAUGAUGUGAUGAUAUCUUCAAGAGGUAUGGAGUAUGGAUUGAAGGAAACUUAGUUAAGACGGACUGCUGGUUGAGAAACCUGUCCACAGAUCUUCAGAAAGAUGUAAUGAAGUGCAGCAAGUGUACACAGUGGCUGAAGAAUACGUGGCAAGAUGCAGUGCCCUGGAGUGAGAUGGGCUUCCUGGGAAACCUUAUGUUGUUGGGGACCAUUUAUGGGAAUAGGAAUCAAUUUUUCGUUAAAUCCCCCCCCCUUUUUUUUGUCAUGUGACAAUCUGCUUUAUUAAAAAAAAAAAUCAUACAAACAGUGUUUGAGUUAAGAGGAAGAUGAAUAUUUGAAAGAACAACUUGGAAAAAUGUUAAAUUGCCAAGAAUUGUGAGGGAUAGGUGGUGGAAAAGAUGGAAUUGAGCCAAGAGAAACACUAUGAUCACAAAAUAAGUGACAGGAAUUGUGUAGAUAGUUGCUAAAGUGUGCCAGGAUUUUUUUUUUAUUUAGAAAAAUGCAAGUCUUUGUUACAUUUCUGUUUGAUAUUGUUCUGAGCCCUAAAACUUCUCCCUAAAUAGUCUAUUUGAAAAAUAAAAUUUAUUUCCAUUUA